ACCUCUACCCUCCAUAUGCCAGAUCAUGCGAUAUUUUCAUCCCCUCCUGCCAUUACACUUCACGCUAUUUCACCUCGAAAAGGGGUAAAAAUAUCGCACGAUCUGGCAGCACAGGGUAAAACAAGCAGAGCGUCGUUUGAUUCACAAAUCGCAAUUCGUCGUCGAACCGACAACACGUGCAACAAUUUUUAGUGACGCAUACAUAUAUUACAAAUAUUUUAAAAAUAAUUCAACUAUAUCUGUGAAUAUUAUUAAAUAAAUAAAAAAUGUCUUUAAUAAAACUUGAGAGCAAGGACAAGAAAGUUUUCGAGGUUGAUAUUAAAGUUGCCAAGAUGUCGAUGACCAUUAAAACCAUGUUGGAGAAUCUUAGAUUGGGAGAUAACCAUGACGAAGUGGUGCCUCUACUUAAUGUAAACUCGGCAAUCUUAAAAAAAGUUAUUGAAUGGGCUGAGUAUCACAAGGACGAUCCACCAGCUCCUGAAGACGACAAAACUCGGGAAAAAAGGAGCGACGACAUCAGUGUCUGGGACUCAAAAUUCCUGGAAGUUGAUCAGCCAACUCUCUUCGCCCUGAUCCGCGCUUCUAAUUACCUAGAUAUCAAGGGCCUAAUGGACGUAACUUGCAAAACUGUCGCCAACAUGCUUAAAGGAAAGAAUUUUGAUGAAAUUGAAAAGAAUUUCAACCUGCCUCCAACCAAAAGUCCUGUUGAUAAUGUCCAUGUCGUAAAAGCAAAAGCUAACUGGCCCAUGGAGAAGGAUACAGAGACGAACAAGGAGAAUAGUCAAUGAUAAAGUUACUUUUAAGUUUAAACAUAAUUUAUUAAUCGAAUAAUUUUUUUUCAUUAUUUAAUUGUAUUUUUGAUUUCUUUUUUUCUUAUAUUGCGAGAAAUUGUUUUGUUAUAGGACCAAAUAUUUAACAAAACAUAUACAAGCAUACGAUUACACUUGAUGACCAAUAAAUAUAAUAUCUUAAUUUGUUGUUACAUGAAAUAAAAAUGAUAAUAAUUUCGGUAAUUGUACAGUGUUACUAUGUGGUAAAAUGAAAAAUUA